CCAGCAGCAGCGGAGACGAGCCCGCAGCGGAGGCACACCUAAAGAAACCAGUAGUCAAUAACUUACCGCUGGCAACUCUGAGAUUUAACGGUUUCUAAAGUUCACGAAAUUCGGUGUCUCGAGGCCGACGGCUGCCAAGUGCCGGUUACGGUUGACGGCGGGUGGGACGGAAUACGACAGCGGAAGAACUUUCCGUUAGCAUAGUGCGGCAGCAGUUAGCUUCGAGUGGUUAGCUUGACAAGUACAAAGUCGCGCAGUAGCGGCUAGCCGGCUAGCCUGCUUCAAUUUCGCCGUCAUGCCCGGAGUUCCCCGAGGUUUCACUGCGUGAAACGAGAGUGCUCGGCGAUCAGCCGGUUAGUUCCCCGGCGUCCGUGAGAAGCCUGUUCUCUCGCCGAGGCGACGGCAGGUCGGGCUGGACCCGGGAGCAGUGACAGGGCUGAACCAACCGUCAGCUGAGCUUUGUGUUGUAGCCGGCUGGAGGUAACACACACACACACACACACACACACACACACACACACAUCACCUGGACUUCGUGGUGAGAUGAGAGACAUGCUCGUGGAGCUGUGAGCAGCCAACGCUGUGAAGACAAGGCAUCUCGACCCUGGCCCACAGGGAGUGUCAACCCUUCUCUUUGCCCCCCCCCCAAAAAAAAAGAAAAGAAAAGAAAACAACCGACGAGACCGCAGAAAUGCUGACUGACAACAGGAAGCGACAUCGUUGCUGUGACAACGAGGAGGACCAACAGCUCAGGCCUCAGGCCAAAAGGUCAGGCGGGGGUCCCAGCCUGCUGGUGUCAGAUUUGGACUCGGAGUCUUCCAGUAGUGACAGCAGUAACGGGAUCAGUAGUCCAGAGAGAGCAAUAGUGGUCACCACCAGGCCAUGCAUACACAGCCAGAACAACUGCAUCACUCAGCACUCCCUCAGCCCAAAGCCUGAAGACUCUGCCAGCUCCAUGCAGCACGGUUUCCACGGCAACGGCAGCGGCAGCAGUGUGUCUUACGACUGCAUCAACAGAGUCCUGAGGGAGGCGCACUUCAGCAGUCUGCAGACCAGAGGGCGCCCGGGCUCAACAUGACUGUGACCUCUGACCUAUCUCCUGACCUUUGGUCCCUCGCCCACCAGUGCAGACGCUACGCGCAACGUGGCUCCUCCUUGAAAGCCGGAAGCGACACACUUGGGUCAGGGGGAAGGGGAUGUUGUGUGUGGGGAGGUUUACAGAAUUUGGGCACAAAGGCUCAUCCCCAACUCGCCAUGUACCAUUUGUUGAAACCAUAAGCACAUCCGCCUUUCCAUGGCCCAGCCACUGUGGUUUUCUGUGCAGUAUUGAUCGGUAUGUGCGUCUGUGUGAGUGUGCGUGCACGCAACCCUGUGCACUUUAUAAAGAGGUUAUCAUUCUCUUUACAUGCGUGCGUCGAUGUGUGGACAUUUCUCAUUGGUGCUAAUCACAAGGAAACCGUGAUGAUGAUCCAAAGUGCUUGCAAAACGAAAUAAAGCUGAGCACUUUACUCAACAACUCCUCCAUUCUGUUUACUCUCGACUGGGUAGUCGGCCACACAUUUGUAUCUGUGAAGUGGGAGUUGUCUUGAUCCCAUUCACUAAGGCCAAAAUAUUCACUCCCAAGGAGCAUUAUUGAGACAUUUCAGUUUAUAACAUUUUAGGCCCCUCGUUUUCUCUAACCAAAGUAAUAAAGUUAGAGUAAACUAUAUCCAAUAGAAUUAGGUGUGGCAGGUCAGUAGGUUCGAGGUAAUGGAACAGAGAUACUUCAUGACACCACCAAAAUCCAAACCUUAGCUUGAACCCUGGCUAAAUAUAGAGCUGAGAGCUUGAAGUCUGUGGCUCUGGCAGUAAACACAGCAGUGCGUUUAACACAAACAUGCCCCCAAGAAAAAGGCUUUCUAAAGGAACCAGGUUUACUUCUUUAAAUAUUUAAGUGAGUGUCAUACGACAUGUCAGCCAUACUUGUUUAUGGGUGGUUUGAUAUGACCAGUACACUGUGUUGCAAAUGAAACAAGGUGUGAAAAUGACUCAUAUUUUAUGUAAUGUUCUGAAUCAUUUGACAUUGAAAUAAAGUGUUGCUGAAAGUGA